GUGAGAUCCAACACCUCAGUGGGACUCAGAAUGAGUCAGAUUUAUUUGGGUCCCGCUGAGCUGGGUGCCCGUUUUGGAGAAUGGUGGGAACCGUUCGCCGUAACCAUUGCCCAAAAGGGUAGAAUGGCACAAAAAAUACAGCCUCGCUAGCGCUGACUCGGGCACUAGCUUUGGCUUAGGGUCAAAUCAAGCGUUAUCUUGAAUCAACACGAGAGUGCCGCACCCGCUGCUUAAAUACGUGUCCCUUCUCUGUCACUCGGCAACGUUGAUUUCGCGUUAAGCAUCGCAUUCCUCGUAUUUUCUCGUUUUUGACCAUGGCCGCAUCAAAAUCGAGCUCACUGGAUUUCAAAAUCCUCCCCGCAACAGAAGCCGACUGCGCGACAGUCGCAACCAUAGAGGCCAUCUCCAACUGCAAUGCGAGCAAAACCGAGCCGAAAAACAAUCUUUCACUAGUAUUGUUCGGUCCACCGGGCGAUUCGUCCUUUCGAGCGAAAGACCUUGCCAGUAAACUCGAAAAUGACAAGACCGCAAGAAUCUGGAAGGCCGUUAUCAGCGACGAAAAUGCCCAGGAAAAGAUCAUCGCCAUUUCCCUUUGGCACUACUACGUCGAGCCCAAGGUGAUCGAAGACUGGAAGGAUAUCGAGUGGCCGGCUGGCGCGCAUCAGGAAGGCUGCAAUACAUUCCUUCGCACGACAGUGGCAAUGCGAAAGAAGCACAUGUCUGGAAAGGAGUUCGGUCAUCUGCAGGUGUUGGCUACUCUUCCUGAGUAUCGUGGUUAUGGAAUUGGCUCUGCGCUUAUCAAAAAAGGCCUUGAGGAGGGUGUGGAAAAGGGGCUGGUUGAUUUCUGGCUGGAAUCGUCAAAUGAUGGGCAUGCGCUCUAUGAAAAGUUUGGAUUCCAGGAUGUCGAGCCGGUUGUGAUGGACUUGGCGCAGUAUGGUGGUGAGGGUUUGGCCCCGGUCAGGACUAUGAGGAGAGUUCCCAACUGAGUCACCUCCUCUGAGAGAUUUAUGUAGCGUGCCUUUAGAAUGACUGUAAUACUGAG